CCUUGACUCCUGCUCCUAAACCAGCCUCUGCCAACAGAGAGAAUGUUUUCUCAUGUUAACCCUUAAAUAGGGAGCUGUCAAAAGAUGGAAACUGUUGUUCCGUGGCCCUUCUGUAGCGCCCAAUCAGCUUGCUGGAAGCAGUCGUACAAGAGGCGCGCAGGCGGAACAUCUGCACUACGUGGGAUACGCUGUUUCCUUGGGAUCAGUACAUUACUACGGUACAAACAGCGGGCAGGAAAGCCGAGUACUGCCCUAUCCCAGUCCCCUCAGCUCGUGUAGGGGCAUGCAAUCAAGCUACGCCCACUCUCUCCCCCUCAAGCUCCCUCGCUGUGUCGUCACCGUCAUGGCAACAACAGCUGCGCCCGUCGCAGCCCGAGCCCCGAGACUGACCGUAGGGCAAAGUCACGCUGACCGACUGGAGAGCGCUCUCCCAGCAUGAGGCUCCCGGUGGGGGCAGCAAGUGACUGAGGCACGGAUAGACUGUCAGAGCUGAGAGACGCCGCGCAGCCCCCCCCCCCUCCUCCAUAUGUGAAUUUAUAUGGAACGACAUUUCCAUUGGGAGAGAGAGAAGGCAAUUGAGAGCUAUGUAGAGAGUAUGACAGAAAAGUCAUUGCGUUUGUACAUAUCCCUGGGAGACAGAGAAGGACAUGCAUGACUAGCGCUACGUCGGCUCGCACAUUUAUUGCCAGAGACGAGUUUUUCCCUUUAGACCUAUGUGUAUGUACAGUAAGUGCUGGCCAAACUGGGGCCACCACUCACGGACUAUCCAAAGGAAGCGCCGGCACAUUCUUGCUCCCAGUCUCAAGUCGCGCACCUUUUUACUGAGCCGCUGCUGCUGGGCGGUCCCUGUGCGCGGGGAAGUCUCCGGGCUGCAGACACAUCUUCCUGUGUGUAACGGGGGAAGUCUAGAGGAAGCGGCGAUCCUAACACCAGGGGGUUGCGGGAGCCUCCUCUGCUCCUGACAAGAUGUUCUCCCUGCGCCUUGUCACGGCGGAUUACUAUUUGGCUGCUCCGUUGCCGGGGCUGGAUGUAACAAGGUCCCACUUCAGAGACAGUCUGGUGCGGAGAGUUCCAGUGGUGAGAGUGUUCGGAGCCACCCCUGCAGGCCAGAGGGCUUGCCUUCAUCUUCAUGGUAUUUUCCCUUAUCUGUACACUCCAUAUGAUGGAGACGGACAGCAGGAUCCUGAACGUUACCUUCGUCAGAUAGCAUUCAGCAUUGACCGAGCACUUAAUGUUGCUUUAGGCAACCCUUCAGCCAGUUCCCAACAUGUAUUCAAGAUUACAGUGGUUUCUGGAGUCCCAUUAUAUGGCUAUCAUGAAAAAGAAAGACAUUUUAUGAAGAUCUAUCUCUACAAUCCAGCAAUGGUGAAAAGGGUCAGUGAGCUUUUACAAGGCGGUGCUGUAAUGAACAAGUGCUACCAACCGCAUGAGGCCCAUGUUCCUUAUCUUCUUCAGCUAUUCAUUGAUUAUAAUUUAUAUGGAAUGAACUUAAUUAAUCUUGCUUCUGUAAAGUUCAGAAGAGCUCAGAGGAAAGGAGACAGCUCAUCACAUAGUACAGGCGUGCAUAAAGAUAUGGACCAAGAAAGAUCCCUUUCUGCUACUUUUGUCCGAUGGGAAGAAGAUGAAAUACCAAGCUCUUUGAUUUUAGAGAAUGUGGAGCCAAUAAGCACCUGCGAAUUAGAAGUAGAUGGCGUAGCUGCUGAUAUUCUAAACCGACAAGAAAUUGAAGCUCAGAUAGGGAAGAAUCCUGGACUGCAAGCAAUAUGGGAAGAUGAAAAACAACGCUGUCGAAAAAAGAGAGAGUCCUCGCAAAUAAGCCCUCCAGAUUCUCAAGAUCAUGGGUUUGUUGCGAUGUCAGAAAGUGAAAAAAUCCUUCAGAAGAGACUCAAAGAAAUUCUGAAACAAAAUGACUUCUCAUUGACACAACCGCAUUCUCUAGACUGUAGUAACUUAUCCGAGGAACGUUCUUUUGAACUUACAUUGCACUCCCAGCUAGAAUCACCUGAUGCUGUUCUUUGUUCCCAAGCUAAUAUUGUGGAUGUUCACAGGGAUGAGCCACAAAGGAACAAAGGAUGUGUUGAUGGAGAGCAAGAGGAUGCUGUCAUUGAUGAGGAAGCCAUUUUAAACAUCAUGGAAACCAGUCAAAUUUUGUCACAGAGUCUGAGUCAAUCCCCUGUUUUCUUGGACAAGAACCAAGAUCAAGCAAUGGUUAAAUUGUUAGCUGGUCUUGAAGAUGAUGAGUACCAGAUGGACAUGUCGAGACGGUUUUCACAACACUCUUUGUCUGCAAGGUACAACCGUAUGCAGAAUAGUGAUGAUGAAGAGAACGAGCCUCAGGUGGAAAAGGCGGAAAUGGAGCUCAGCAUACUAAUGUCUCAGAGAUGGGACAACAACACUGAAGAACUUGAUGCCAAAAGAAAUUUUAAGAGUAUUGAUGAAAGCUCUUCUGAAUAUGAGGACUCCACAGAUGAUGAAAUGGAAUGGAGUAGUAACAGACUGCUUUUAGCUGAUCUUUCAAUACCUCAGUUAGAUGGCACAGCAGAUGAAAACAGUGAUAACCCUCUAAAUAAUGAAAGCACCCUUACCCAUUCUUCUGUUAUUGCAAAAAGCAAAUUAUCUAUAAAGAAUUCAAUAUUUCACAAGGAUGCUGCUUCCUUCGAACCUCACUCUUCUGCUAAAACAGCUUUUCAGUGUCAACACACAAGUGCCCUUUCAUCUCAUAUUCUUAAAAAAGAAGGUCUGAUAGAAGAGCUUCUGCACCCAACUGAAGAAAAGGGACCUGAACUUUCUGUCUGUUCUUUCACAAAUGAUAGCACUUAUAAUAUGAAAUAUCCAGCAUCUUUUAACAACUCUACAAGUCCAGAACUUUUACAUAAAGAAGCAUGCAAAAAUGAUAUUGCUCCAGUCCCAGCAAGUGACAAGGCAGCAUUUGAAGAUAACGUCCCAUCAGUGAAUAGACAUUUGCAAUGCAGAAAAUUCACAAGCAUUAGAAAGACUGAGAAGGACACAUCUUUUUUAAAAAUAACUCGCCAACUUAGUGAAGGCACAUUGGAUAGGAAUCCUAGAAAUCUCACAGAAAGUAGUAAUCAUAAAAUGAAAAGAUCUGCAGACAUCAAUGAUAAAUGCUGCAAUUCUACUCCAAACACGAUCUUUCCUGGUACUUUAAAUGAAAGCAAUGACUUGACAGCUUCUGCUGAUGUUAACAGAGUCAUACUGCACACUGCAGAUAAUGCCAUAAAUGAUGUAAGCCCAAAUAAGCGUAAAGUUCGAUCUGAAGAGCUUCAACAACAUGGAACAGACAUGACCAGUGGUGAUCAGCAAGCAACACAUUACAAGUUUUUUCCAAGUGUUGUCCUUUCAAACUGUUUGAACCGUCCCCAAAAACUUGCCCCUGUGACUUAUAAGGUUCAACAAUGUAAAAAACAAUCAAGAUUGAAACUGGUUAAAAAAUUAAAGGUGGUGGAAAAUGAGCACUCCAGUGCUAGUAAAAAAGAUAUUGAGGGCCUUUUAGGUUAUCAAAGAUCUGUAGAAUACCGUGAAAAAAGAAAUCUUCAAAAACAAAGUAUAGUUAUAGGUACUGAUACAAUACCAUGCCUUGCUUACCAGGAUACUGAAGAUUUUAAUGCAGUAGUACAGGACAGCAGUUAUGCACCUGGUAAUGCAUGUAGUAAAAGUCCUCCUGAUGUUGACAGAGUACCAUCCUGUGAUAUGGCAGUGAUAAUGGAUGACGGUGCAUUUCAAAGUAAUGUUUGUGAAUUGAACACUUUUACUUGUCAGUUUGAGGAAGGUGCAAAAGAUUUAGACCCAUCCUUGGAAAUUUGUGGAAAUAAAUAUACUCUGAGAGCAAAACGGAAAGUAAAUUUUGAAAGUGAAGAUGGAGAGCCAGUUCAGGGUGCAACAAACUCAAAAUCAAGCCUCCCUCAGCCUGAGAAAACCAUUGAUGAUGUAGGAGGUUUUCAAAAAGUUCGUAAGCGCCGAAAAGUUUCUAAUAAGUUACCACCAGUAAUUAUCAAAUACAUCAUAAUUAAUAGAUUUAAAGGGAGAAAAAACAUGCUAGUGAAACUGGAAAAGAUUGAUCCCACUGAAGAACAGGUCAAAUUAACAGAAGAUAAGCUAAAACUAUAUAACAGAAUGGCUCCUAUAAAAGAUUUCUGGCCUAAGGUGCCAGAAUCUUCUGCAACCAAAUACCCAAUAUUUCCAAUAAUGCCAAAGAAGAGUAGCACACGAAAAACAAAGCAAAAACCUGCAAAGAAAAAACUUGAUAGACUACCUAAAACAGAAUAUAAAAUAUUGAAGAGAGCUGUGCCUAUACAGAGAAAAAGAAUACGUUCUUUUUUAUCUCUUCCUAAGCCAACAUAUAAUGCUGAAACAGAAGACUGUGACACAGACUACAGAGAUGUUAUGUCAAAACUUGGUUUUCUUGUGGAAAGAUGUCCAAGUCCAAUAAAUAUGUCUCCACCUCGUUGUUGGUCGCCAACUGACCCAAGAGCUGAAGAAAUUAUGGCAAUUCCAGUUGCAGAAAUGCCUCUCUUUAAAAGUUCACUUUUAGUAGUUCGUAAUAAAGAACAUAACAAUUCAAUGAAAAAACAGCAAAAGAGAGUUCAGUCAAACAAACCUAGAAAAAAGACAUCAGCUAUUCCAUCUGCAAUUAGGAACCAUCCGAAAAAAAUCAGUCAGUCUGAUAUGGGGAAAGGUGGGAAAACGCAAAAAGGCAAGUCAAGGUCAAAAAAAAGUGAAAAGGCUCAAAGAAAGCACACAAAAAUGAAAGACAAAAAUACUAAAGUUGAACCUACAGUUUAUGAACGAUCUUCUCUAUCACAUAAAGAACAAAUGACAUCUGCUUUAAAUGGAGCUGUGCAACCAGUUCCAGUCAUCACAGAAUUCACUUCAACUGGAUUUUCUAUUGUGCAUGUGCACUCAACACAACUUUCAACAGAUGGUACUCCGAAUGAUUCACCUGGUAACAUAAGUUCUUUCCCAGGAACCCCAAAACCACUACAUUUCCAGCAAUUUUCAAGUAUUCAGAAAGACUGCUCAGCUACAGCAACUGUGCCAUUAAGCCCAAGUAUUAAAACAUUCAGUGUUAACACAAUGAAGACUCAAUUUCCUAAUGCAUUUCAAAAAAACGAGUCUAGUGCAACUCCAAACAAAACCCAAAAUGUAUUUACCUGUUCAUCUCAGGUAAUACAAAAUGCACAGUUCACUUUAAAUAGCUCACGUAUGACUCUAAAUAGCUCACUUAUGACUCGAGAGGAUCCUGCAGAAGUCCAGAAAAAGCUGUUGGCAUCUGUUGGAAAACUUCAAGGUGUUCAGAACCCGCCAAUUUCUUUUGUCUCUGAAAAGCCAAAGCUUUUACCAGGUUCAUUUAAACAUGCAGGAAAUGUAGCUGAUAUAUCUAAGCACUGUGAUUCAAACACUUUGGUCACAUCUUCAGAGGAAGGCCAUGAAGCACUUAAUUCACCAAUUCGUUAUGUUGUUACGUCUUUGAAAAGCACUCAUAAAAUGACAGCAGUAGAACAAAAGCAAAGAAGUGAUGUUUUUGAUGCUGCUCAGUUUUCCAUCCAGAGAGCGAGUCAAAAUUGUUUACCAGAAAUUUUCUCCUGCACAAAAACAAAUCAGAAUACUAUAAAAUCUGUUUCCCCACAGGCACUUCUUGAUACACAUUCUGGAAUAGCUGUUCUUAAGGAAUUGCUUUAUAAAAAACAACAGAAGGUAACAUCAAGCAGUGAAGAGUCAAGAGUUAAGCUUAAAUUCAGUGAAUCUGGUCCAUCUGAGCCAAAGAGUGUAAGUGGAAAGUCUGCAACAUCUGGUAAAAAAACAAGGGUCCCUAGAAGAACUAAAUCUAAGGUGGCUACGAAUAUUAAAACUGACAUGGGAAAACAUCUGAGUGAUUUUGGGAGCAAAAACUGUAUAUCUGAAAGAAGCCCUGGUCUAUUCUCUGACCCUAACUUUGAAAGCUGCUACUUAAUUGAAGACAGCUUGUCUCCUGAUCAUAACUACAAUUUUGAUAUUAAUGCUGUAGGUCAGACUGGCCUGUGCACCUUAUACUCUGGGAGUCAGUUUAUUCCAGCAGAUCAAAAUUUACCGCAGAAAUUUUUAAGUGAUCCUUUUCCUGUCCCUGUUUCAGAUAAUGAAUGUAUAAAUCAUAAAUUUCAACAACCAGAGAAGAAGAAACCCUAUUCCUUAGGUCAUCCGCUACUAAGACCAAGUUUGCUUAGACCAGAUAUGUUUGAAAAAUCUGUUGAACUUAAACAAAACUCUCUCCUAAACCAGUGGAAAAAUUGCUUACUUUCUCAAAAUACACAUUCAGUCGAUGGGUUUUAUAAUUGUCAACCAGAAGACAAAUACAGGUUAAACAGAAGCAUUAGUCUAAAAGAUGUUGCCUUAAAUUGUGCUCACGCUGAAUGGGCUCAAACUGGGAUUAAAUGCCAAAUUAAAAACCCAAUGUUUGAUGCAUCCCUCCCCCCUAACUCAAAUUCCUCAUUUACAGGGCUUUUACCUUCACCAGAAGUUGAUAGUGUUUCUGAUGAUUUAGAAUUUUAUAUAUCAAGACAUAGUGGGGGGCUAACACCAACUCCUGACAGUUCUCCAAGAUCCAUUAGUUCCCCGUCUCAGUCCAAAAAUGGAAAUUCUACACCACGAUCAGUGCACAUAUUAAAACCUCUCAUGUCAGCCCCAAGUCGUGAGGAAAUAAUGGGAACUUUGUUGGACCACGAUCUCAUGGAAACUAUUUACCAAGAACCAUUUUUUAGCAAUCCUUCAGACGCACCAGAAAAACCAAGAGAGGUUGGUGGACGAUUUCUCACAAUAGAAACAAAAUUACCCUAUAGUCUUCUUGAGUUUGAAGGCGACUUUUCAGUGGAGGGACUUCGGUUCUGGAAGACUGCAUUUUCAGCAAUGACGCAAAACCCUAGACCUGUUUCACCAUCUCGGAUGAGCCGCCUUAUGGCUGAAAGAAGAAAGGAUAGUCUUGAUUUUGAAAAUGAUACAAAACUAGUCAUCAUGCCAUGUAAAAGUGCUCCACAUCCUCAAAGAGUACAAAUGUGGCUUCAAGCCAAAGAACUGUAUGAGGCAUCUAAGACUACAUGCAAAGAUAAAGAAAUUAAAGAAAAAAUUGAAAGAAAGGCUAUCAAAAACACUUCUGUGCCUGUUGGCUGCAACAGCUUGCCUCCAAAGGAAAUACAAAUUUUAUUGGCACAGCCAGCAAGUUCUGAUGAUCUACCAGAGAAUGCAAAUAAUAUAAAGAUUCAUCUAGCCAGUCCCCCUCCUAUACUUGACAGUGCUGAGUCUCGGCUUAUUGAAAGGGAAUUUGUUAGUACUGCUUGUUCAUCCAAACCUGCCUCGAGUGGCAGGAAUGAUCAAGAUGAAUUGUUGGACAAUACUGUUUCGCCCAGUUCUCCAGUAUUGACUUCUUGGCAAGAUACUCUUUCUCCUGAUAAUACAGAUACAGCAGAAGAUAACAAGGAUGUUAUUUCCCCAUCACCACUUUUGGAGAGUGAAGCAACAAUUCACGGGAAAAAUGAACCUACAGAUUUCUCUGUCCUUUCUCCUUCUCAAGUUUCACAGGGCAAGCAGAAAUCCAAACAUACCUGCAUGCACAGUACACCUGUCAUAAAAAGAAAGCCUGAAGCAGAGUCCCUUGAAGCUCUCCAGUGCAGUCCUUUAUUGUCAGAGCUUGCAUCCCAAAGAAUGAGCCGGAGGAGAGGAUGCAAUCCAGAUAAACUUCGAAGGGUACUCCUAACAACUCAGUUGAAGAAUCAGUUUGCUUCUAUGGCUCAGCAAAAAAGGGAAACAUCACAGAUUGAAGGGCCAUCUCUAAGUAACUCCUAUGGCUUUAAAUUCAGUGUCCAGAACCUUCAGGAUGCAAAAGCAUUACAUGAGGUGCAACAUCUAACACUUAUGAGCUUGGAGUUACAUGCAAGAACACGAAGAGACUUGGAACCUGAUCCAGAAUUUGACCCUAUAUGUGCUCUGUUCUACUGCACCUCUUCAGACUCCUUAUUGUCAAACACAAACAAAAGACAAGUUACUGGGGCUAUUAUAAUUCAUCUUGAGGAAGCCAAUAGUAAUGGUGGUAGAAGGCAAACUCCAUUUCUUGCUAGAUCUGGUAUUACAGACUUUGAAGUCACAUAUGCAGUGGAUGAGAAACAGCUGUUUGAGAUGUUGUUAAACCUAGUCAGAAGGUUUGAUCCGGACAUUUUAUUGGGAUAUGAGGUCCAAAUGCAUUCUUGGGGGUAUCUCUUACAGAGAGCAUCUGCAUUAAAUGUAGAUCUGUGCCUGCAGCUUUCCAGAGUGCCAGAUGAUAAAAAUGAGAACAGAUUUUCAUCAGAAAAGGAUGAAUAUGGAGCAGACACAAUGAGUGAAAUCAAUAUAGUUGGCCGGAUUGUACUGAAUGUUUGGAGGAUGAUGAAAAGUGAGGUAGCCUUGACCAAUUAUACUUUUGAAAAUGUGGCAUUUCAUAUCCUUCAUCAAAGAUUUCCCUUGUUUACUUUUCGUUCAUUAUCGGAUUGGUUUGAUAACAAAAAAGAUGUGCUCAGAUGGAGGAUGGCUGAUUAUUACAUGAGUCGGGUCCAUGGAACUCUGCAGUUAUUAGAGAAGUUGGACUUGAUUGGAAGAACAAGUGAACUUGCAAGACUUUUUGGAAUUCAGUUUUUGCAUGUCUUAACAAGAGGAUCACAGUACCGCGUUGAGUCAAUGAUGCUUCGUAUUGCUAAGCCUAUGAACUACAUACCUUUGACUCCAAGUACCCAACAGCGAUCUCAAAUGAGAGCUCCUCAAUGUAUUCCUCUCAUCAUGGAGCCAGAAUCUAAAUUUUAUAGCAACUGCAUUUUGGUGCUGGAUUUCCAGUCAUUGUACCCUUCUAUCGUAAUUGCAUAUAAUUAUUGUUACUCUACCUGUCUGGGAAAUAUUGAGAACCUGGGGAAAUACGAAGACUUCAAAUUUGGCUGUUCAUCUCUGCAAGUUCCUCCUGAUCUGUUGUACCAGCUACGACAUGAUAUCACAGUAUCUCCCAAUGGAGUUGCAUUUGUUAAGGCAUGCGUCAGAAAAGGGGUGCUACCAAGGAUGCUUGAAGAGAUACUAAAGACGAGGAUUAUGGUGAAGCAGUCAAUGAAAAAUUAUAAACACGACAAAGGCUUCACACGACUGCUUGACGCACGCCAAUUGGGUCUCAAAUUAAUAGCCAAUGUUACAUUUGGCUAUACUGCUGCUAAUUUCUCUGGGAGGAUGCCGUGUGUGGAGAUUGGAGAUAGUAUUAUCCACAAAGCCCGGGAGACUUUGGAAUGUGCUAUAAAACUUGUCAAUGACACAAAGAAAUGGGGAGCAAAGGUUGUCUAUGGGGAUACAGACAGCAUGUUUGUGUUGCUGAAAGGUGCUACAAAGGAACAGUCCUUCAAGAUUGGGCAGGAAAUUGCUGAAGCCGUAACCGCCACUAACCCCAAGCCUAUAAAACUGAAGUUUGAAAAGGUUUAUUUGCCCUGUGUCUUGCAAACAAAAAAAAGGUACGUUGGUUAUAUGUAUGAAACCGUCAACCAAAAGGAUCCAGUUUUUGAUGCGAAGGGAAUUGAAACAGUCCAAAGAGACACUUGCCCUGCUGUUGGAAAGAUUCUUGAGCGUUCGCUGAAGCUGCUAUUUGAAACCAGAGAUAUCAGUCAAAUCAAACAGUACGUCCAGAAACAAUGUAUAAAGCUUGUGGAAGGCAAAGCCAGCAUGCAGGACCUCAUUUUUGCCAAGGAAUACAGAGGAAGCUUUGCCUAUAAGCCUGGUGCCUGUGUUCCAGCAUUAGAACUUACAAGGAAAAUGGUGGCCUAUGACCGGCGCACUGAGCCUCGUGUUGGUGAAAGAGUCCCCUAUGUAAUAAUAUAUGGCAGCCCCGGUGUCCCCCUUAUUCAACUUGUGAGACGGCCAAUUGAUGUUCUUCAGGAUCAUAAUCUUAGAAUAAAUGGCACCUACUAUAUCACCAAACAAAUCCUGCCACCAUUGAAUCGAAUCUUCUCAUUAAUUGGAGUAGACGUUUUUAGUUGGUAUGAUGAAUUACCAAGGAUACAAAAGACUUUCGCAUCUGCAAGAAAUGAGCAGGAUGCCAGAAAGGGCACAAUCUCCCAGUAUUUUACUACCUUACAUUGUCCAGUUUGUGAUGAACUGACACAACAUGGAGUCUGCAGCAAGUGCAGAAGUCAGCCUCAGCAUGUUGUAGUGAUUCUUAAUCAAGAAAUCAGAGAACUAGAACAUAAACAAGAACAGCUUGCCAAAUUAUGCAGGAAUUGCACUGGCUGCUCCAACCAACAGAUCCAGUGCGUUUCCCUCAAUUGUCCGGUACUUUUCAAGCUCUCCAGAGUGAGUCGGGAGCUGUGCAAGGCCCCCUACCUACGGCAGCUGCUAGACAAUUUCUGAUUGGUUUUCUGAUGUUAAUGGUGCUAUUUCAUUGUGUUUUUUAUUUCACACUACAAUCUGUCAUGCACGGUGCUGUUUCAACUUUUUUAUUUUGUUUUUUUUCUUCUUCUGUUUCACAGGAAAGUUCUAUGAGUUAGCAAUCCCUUUACUUCUCUCGGUCCUGGAGGGGUGGGGAAUAUAUGUAUUGCUAUCUUUAUACAAUGUACAGAAUUUUUUUUUCUCUUUGAAUUUUGUAAAAUACAGUUUUAUAAGGCAGUUGUUUAAACAGAAUGAUGACUCUGUAAAUUCAUUUCUUACAAUAGGCUUUCUUUAUUCCCUAGUGGUUUGCUACAGAAGGGACGAUGACAACUGAUCACUCAAAUGUUUGUGGAUAAACCAUGAUCAGAUCUCUGGUUGGUUCUAGAGUCUCAAUAUUCUUUCUAUGUUUCAUUGCGAGCCACAAUAGUUUGUAAAUAGACCUUUUUUUUUACUUUUGAAACAACUUGAGUAAACUAAUGUGCAAUGAGAUUUUAUACACAUUCAGGCAUUGGCAGGUAUCUUUCCUCUCACGUUUGCUCCACUCUGAUCACCCUCUUGAUUUUGCUCUGGCCAUGCAGAUUGUAUUUCAUUGUAGAAUUGAAGAUUGUCGGUUUGUUUAGAAAGAAAAAUGAAAAAGAUAUUGGUGUCUUGCUUUACCGGUUACCUUUACCUGUUGUGAGAAACUGUGCUGAAGACUUUUGUUACAGAAGUGUGGGGCUGUUGCAAUACUUUAAAUAUAAAGUUUAUUCCAUUUGGUUUGUUUUGUAUAGACAUUUCUAUGGUUUCCAAAUAUGCUUAUAAUUUUUAUUUCCUGUACAGUUAAAUCUUAUUUGCCAUCAUCUGGAACACUACAGUGUAUUUAGAUUAUUUGUAUAACUGUAUAAAAUGGGGGGGGGGGAUUAUGUGGUCGUGUAUUGUUUUAUAAACUGGAAAUUCGGUUUAAAAGUUACAAUGGAAACAAUUAAAACUGAAUGAAACCUG